AUGCUCUCCCUUAAUGUCAUUUUUCUUCUUUGCCUUCAUCUAGCACAUGGAGCAUCCAUCAUCUCGCGAUCCACUUCCUAUCCACUCAACGCUCGUUCGAAUACCAUAGGUCCUAUAACCAAUCUAACAAUUUCUAAUCAAGUCAUAUCUCCAGACGGUUUCCUGCGCUCUGCAACGCUCGCUGGAGGGACAUUCCCGGGUCCAAUUAUCGCAGCCAUAAAGGGAGAUAAUUUCGCGAUCAACGUCGUGAACAGCCUCACUGAUGAUGAAAUGCUCAAAAGCACCAGUGUGCACUGGCAUGGAAUCCAUCAGAACGGGACCAACGAGGUAGAUGGAGUCUCGUUCGUCACACAGUGUCCCAUUGCGCAAAAUCACUCCUUUCUGCACUCCUUCGAUGCUGGGCAACAGACCGGAACCUACUGGUAUCAUAGCCACUAUGCGGUACAACAAUGCGAUGGCCUUCGUGGGCCUUUGAUUAUCUAUGAUCCUGAAGAUCCUUUAUCUUAUUUGUACGAUGUUGACGAUGAGACCACCGUAAUCACCCUCGCUGACUGGUACCAUGUGGUUGCCCCUGUCUUGAGCCAUCUAAAUAUUGGUGCCAUCAAUGGCGAUGCGACACUCAUCAACGGUCUCGGCCGAUAUCAAGGGGGACCCAACAGCGACCUUGCGGUGGUCAACGUCGAGUACGGGAAACGAUACCGCCUACGCAUGAUAGCAAUGUCUUGCCAUUCCAACUUUAUAUUCUCUAUCGAUGACCAUAACAUGACGAUCAUUGAAGCGGACGGUGAGCUGACAGAGCCCCUUCUCGUGGACUCGCUCCAGAUACUCGCUGGACAGCGAUACUCUUUUGUGCUCAAUGCGAUUCAGCCAGUCGACAACUACUGGAUACGCGCAGUCCCAGACACUCCAAGCUCAAGCUUCGUUAAUGGCCAGAACUCUGCUAUCUUGCGAUACAAUGGUGCACCCGUUGCAGAUCCGAAUACGAACCAGACCACAAGUACCAUGCCGUUAGUCGAGACCAACUUGCACGCGCUCAUCAAUCCCGGAGCACCCGGGAUUCCAGAGUACGGACAGGCAGACAUCAACUUGAUGAUGGUGGUCGGCAACACAGGUGGAAUAUAUUCCAUCAACAACGUAGCAUACAAACCUCCCACGGUGCCCGUGCUGCUCCAGAUCCUCAGCGGCGCGCAAGAUGCAACCGAACUCCUUCCGAAUGGAAGUGUUUAUGUUUUAGAAGCCAACAAGGUCGUCGAACUGACGAUGUUGACUAGUACCUUUGGUGGUCCUCAUCCGAUUCAUCUUCACGGUCAUGACUUUGAUGUCGUGCAGAGCGCCGGAAAUAGCUCUUUCAAUUACGUCAAUCCCGUCCGCAGGGAUGUAGUAUCCGGAGGGCUCCGAAACCAACAGAUGGUGAUUAGAUUUGUCACAGAUAAUUCCGGUCCAUGGUUCCUUCACUGUCACGUCGACUGGCAUCUUGAUGCUGGUUUCGCUGUAGUCAUGGCCGAAAGUCCAUCGGAGACUCAGCAGCAUCUGGGCUACAUACCUAAUGCAUGGGACGAUCUUUGCCCGACAUUCGACUCGUUGACCCCAGCCCAGAUUGGAGCGGAGAAUUCUUAUCAGGAAGCACAGAAUAUCAGUACAUCCUUAUUUCCCCCCACGUAGUGUUCAUGGAAGUCCUCGACGGGAACCUUCGAAACUGGCGUGUUUUGAGAAGGAGGUUAGCUUGGGCUUGUUAAAGGACUCCUCGACUUCCUCGGCUAGUGCUCCUAGUGAAAUUAAGUGAGUGAAACGACGAACGAAGCUUCAAAGUUAGCAUGUCGCGGACAGCCUGUGCUCGAUGUAAGACACUCGAUU